AUGGACAAUGAGCUCGAGGCUGUAAACAGUGGGAUGAGAAAGCACGGCAAGCUCUUGUACCGCCGUCUCGUCGGCCAACUGCCUCGUCUCCUCCCCGUCACAAUGCUCCUUGCCGUGUCUUCACCGGCGGCAAUGGCCAUGCUGUCCCAGCGAUCAAUUCACGGCCUUUUACACGACGCGCAUGACAUCACGGCCGUGUCAUUGGCGGCCUGUGCGGUGGCGGCGGCGUGCGCCUACGCCAUGUCCUGGUCGCGGGCGGUGUACCUGGUGGACUUCGCCGGGUACAAGCCUGCGCCGGCGCACGAGACGAGCCGCGCCAAGACCACGCGGCACCAUGGACUAGCUGGUGCGUUCAACACGGAGAGCAUGGGUUUCCAGAGGAGGAUCCUGGAGCGGUCAGGGCUCGGCGACGCGAGGCACUUCCCGGCGUCGGUCAUCAAGGUGCCGGUGGACAUACGCCUCCGCUCGGCGGAUGAGGAGUCCCAUGCCGUCGUUUUCGGCGUGAUCGACGAGCUGCUGACCAAGACCCGCGUGCGGCCGUUCGACAUCGGUGUGGUCAUCGUGAACUGCAGCCUCCACAGCCCGACGCCGUCCUUCACCUCGCUUGUCGUGAACCGGUACUCCUUGCGCAACGACGUCGUCACCCACAACCUUAGCGGAAUGGGCUGCAGCGCCGGCAUUAUCGCUAUUGACCUCGCCAGACGCCUGCUUCAGGUACACUUGGACACAUACGCAUUAGUCGUGAGCACAGAGAAUACCACCCUAAACUGGUAUAUGGGCAAUAACCGGUCCAUGCUGGUGCCCAACAUGCUGUUCCGGAUGGGUGGCGCGGCGAUUCUUCUGUCAAACCGUCGCAGCGAGUGGCGGCGCGCCAAGUACCAGCUGAUCCACACGCCGCGCACGCACCGCGGCGCCAGCGACCAGAGCUACGCUUGCGUGAUGCAAGAGGAGGACGACGCCGGGCACCUGGGCGUGUCCCUCUCCAAGGAUCUCAUGUCCGUGGCCGCCGAGGCGCUCCGCACCAACAUCACCACCCUUAGCCCCCACAUCCUACUGCUGAGCGAGCAGCUCCGGUUCCUCUGCGCCGUCGUGCUCAAGCGGGUGUUCCGCACCAAGGCGAGGCCGUACAUCCCUAACUGCACGUCUUCGGUGCAACACUUUUGCAUCCACGCAGGGGGGCGCAGCGUGCUGGACGAGCUGGAGAGAAGCCUGAGGCUGAGCGCGUGGGACAUGGAGCCCUCGAGGAUGACACUCUACAGGUUCGGCAACACGUCGAGCAGCUCGCUGUGGUACGAGCUCGCCUACUGCGAGGCCAAGGGCAGGAUCAGGAGGGGAGACCGUGUGUGGCAGAUCGCAUUCGGCUCGGGGUUCAAGUGCAACAGCGCCGUGUGGAAGGCGCUUAGGACGGUUGAGGGCUCCGGCGACGCCAAAGAGAGCAACCCCUGGGCACAGGACGUCGACGUUCUUCCAAUCCAUGUGCCCAAGGUGAUGUUGAUCGACGACGAGGCCUUGUGUGUACCUGCCGCAUAG